GCAACUCUAAUAAGAUGGCUCACAAGUUAUGAAAAACAAAUCAAGAUGGCCAAGCCUAAUUCUGUUCUUGGUUUUCUGCUUUAUAUGCUAGUCAGUAGUCAUACUCAUAUGUUUGAUAUCGCGUAAGUAUUAAUUACUGUUAUCGAUUUCGUAUUUGGUCACCGUUACAGUUUCUUGUUUAUGUUUCCAGCUGAUUCAUGCAGGAUAAAUACUGCUAAUGCGGAUUUCAAGUGCAAAUCUGGUGAGAAAUAUGUAACAUUUGACGUCGCUUGCUGCCUUGGUUGUGAUGAACUGUGCUUAAGCCACUGCCCCGCGGGAAGUUCAGCUACCGAUACAAAUUGUGAUUUGAUAAGGCUUUUUGCCUUACCUAGGUGUGAAUGUUGUUGUAAAGCAUUUCCGAAACCACCACCACCCCCACCGUCACCUCCCCCACCGUCGCCAUCGCCACCACCUCCCUCACCACCGCCACCAUCUCCACCACCACCCCACCCCCACCCCCUACCCCCUGCACUGAAGUCUGUCCAACUGAGAUCCAGUUCCAACUGUGUCCUGGCAAGCCACCUUGCAAGUAUGUGCCAGCUAGUCAGAUCAUGACUAUGUAGUUGGAGUAAUGUUAUCUAGCCAGUUAAAUGCUAUGUCAUCAAUCUGGCCUUACUUAUAUUUUGUUGUAUUUGCAUUGUGUAUGUCCUGAUGUUUCUGUAUGAAUAAGAAUGCGACGCAUUCGCGUUGCUAAGACUACUAAAUAAAAACUUAUUCAGCAUGUAAGGUUAUUAGCCACGAUCCCUAAAUCAAUCUGAAUGACUCUAUCCUUGCAUCACA